AUGGCCAGCUCAUAUAAGGACGUCCACAUUCAGCUACCGACUUGGCGCGGCAGAUGGGUUUGUAGGACUGGCUGGGUAGGCGGUGACCAGGAAGUCGCCGUUAUUCAGUCUAAGACACUGCUACAAGUUCUCGGAAUCACUGCCAAAAUAGCGAGGGACGAGCAGAUUCCUAGGGCUCUGCGUUAA